ACCAAUGUAAAAACAUGGUUUCCAGGCACCUUGCUUCUGCAGGAAAGUGGCAGUUUGUUGUUGAAACUGGCUUAAAAAGGCUCGGAAACACACAGAAUUCUCAUGUUUUGAUUUGAAAUCAUCAAUACUAAAACAUUUUGCCCCAACUCAUUUGAUUUGAAUGUUACUGAUUUUUCAGAAGGCACAGCCUCAACCAUUCUGGAAAUGUGCUUGGUUUAUUUUCAGAUUUGCGAGGUGACCAGUUUCCAGACAUUGGUUCGCUCCUGCUUGUGUACGAGAUUGGCCGAGACUAAAAAAACUGUAGUGUGCCACCUUAAGGUUUUAGUCAUUGGCUUGUAAGGCAAGAUAGUCCCUGGAGAAGAACUAAAGUACGUCAACAGCCUUGUCAGCGGAAAGACACUCCGUUGCAGUUACUGAAGAUUUGCGAGGUGACCAGUUUCCAGACAUUGGUUCGCUCCUGCUUGUGUACGAGAUUGGCCGAGACUAAAAAAACUGUAGUGUGCCACCUUAAGGUUUUAGUCAUUGGCUUGUAAGGCAAGAUAGUCCCUGGAGAAGAACUAAAGUACGUCAACAGCCUUGUCAGCGGAAAGACACUCCGUUGCAGUUACUGAAGAUUUGCGAGGUGACCAGUUUCCAGACAUUGGUUCGCUCCUGCUUGUGUACGAGAUUGGCCGAGACUAAAAAAACUGUAGUGUGCCACCUAAGCCCAACACAGAGGUGAAUGAAAUGUAACCGUCGUGCAAGAGAUUGGCUCAACGAACGUGUCUUUAUCAGAUUGUGAAUUUAGAAAUCAGUGGAUAUGAAUUGAUAAACCAAAAGCGUAUUGAUUUAUUGUGUAUUGGGAUAUUUAAGUACGAAAAGACAAAAUGUCAGGAACUUAUACAAGAACAAGCACGUCAUGUGGUUUGUUUUCACAACAAUAAUCGAAUCACGUACAAGCAUAUUGUUGAUAAAAGUCAUGGCGAUGUUCUCAAACAGUGAAUUUCAAAACUGGGUCAAAGCUUGUUUGGCUAUUAAAUGUGUAAAAGAUGGAAUGAUUCCAUUAGUUGAACAUUACUGCAUAAAACACAGUACUGACAACAUUGAACACGUUUUAAAAACGUGUAAUAUUUCAAGAUACACGUGCAAUCAAUGUGACAUCAAAACCCUAAAACCAUUUCACAAAAGAGGACAAUGUAUGUACAGAAGGUGCGACUGUAAAAACAAUGUUAGACAAACAUGCCCCGAAAACGAGGCUUGCGGUGUGAUUUAUGACCAGAUAAAAGCAAUGCAUGCUUUUAAUGAUCCAAAUUGGCUUAACACUGACAGUACAAUGUGGUCAAUUUGUCCAUGGGAACAGAUGAAAUGUUAUAUCGCCACACCGGGUUACAAGGAGACAAAGACUAUUUGCGAUGCAGACAUCAUUGCUCUUCUUCAAAUAUCUUCGAAUAACAGAGAAAUCAACGCAUUGAUUGGCACAAGCAGUGGGUAUCUACAUGAGAUUCGCAAGACAAGAAAUGAAAUAUAUCAUUCCAGUUCGAUGAAGGUUUCAAACGAUGAAAUAAAAGAUAUUGUAUUUCAUACGGAGAUAUGCCUUAAGGAAGUUGCUACCAAAUUUUCAGAUUGUCGCCCAGAAAUUGACCAUCAACUAAGCGUGCUUAAACGGAUAUCAAAUGAGAAAUUCAGUGUUACAAAACAACACGAAUCAGAUGCUAUUAACGAUGCAAUAAUUGGAGUACAAAAUUCUCUCUUAGAACUGAAGUCUGAAUUAGAUACCUUAUCUACAGCUCAUGUCAAUCAGACUGGAAUAAUUGAUUCCAGACUCUCAGAAAUAGAAGAGCAAUGUAGAAUGUCAAAUCAGUUGAUUACUGAACAUACUGCCCAAAUUCAAGGAUUAUCGGAUCGUUCGAAUACAUACCAGCAUUUAUUGUACCGCUAUCAACAGAAGGACAAGGAAAAUGACGAAAAGUUGUCAGCUACCAGAAAAGAGAUGAUGAUUGUUUUGGAUGAAGUGAAAGCUCUUCAUGUAAAGGUGGACUCGCUGCAAGCUCGUAAGAGCAGUGAAGAGGUCUCGCAGAUAGCAGCCAUAAUGUUACCUCGAACGUUAGAAUCCAGGCUAACCAUCCAUGUAGAAAACGUGGAUUCAGAGGAAGAAGUUUCACGACGUUUGGAUAGUUCAGCUGCAGAGAUUAUCAAUAACAUGCGCCCACGAACAAGGAAUAUUGUACUCCUAAACUAUUUAAGUUCUGCUAUUGAGGAUAUUAAGAAAGACGGUAAUAAAGUUAUCGACCACAAAAACAAAUGCCUGCAGCUCCACAUCGAAUCACAAUCAAUAAACAGCUGGAUUAAAUUGUGUGAAGACUUCUUCAGUGGUUCUCUUGCCAGAGCCUUCCAACCGGUCCAAAGGUAUUUGAAGACAUACGAAGGGUGGGAAAAUCUAACUUUCAAUUUUGAAUUAGAUGAAGAACACUUCAUGCAUUGUGUUAAGUCUUCAGUCGACUACUUGAAAUCAAUACUGAAUGCAAUUGAAAAUGAUGUGUCUGCAGCAGGUACACUGGAUUCGAGAGUGAGAAUGUGGCGGCCAGCUAUAGAGUACUACUUAAAGAAGUCGGAUGUGGUUACUAAACUGGCACAACAUGGGCUUUUGGAUGCAGAAGAGACUGCCAUAUUAAUUGAAAUGUACGACCAAAAGUCAUCCCGAGACGCAUCAAGUGAGAUGUUCAAUAUUUUGUUCAAGAAACAUGCUCCGACGAGAAAAUGGAAAAUAUUUGUUGACGCCAUAAAGGAAGCAGGUUACGAUUUUGUGGUGUCUCGCUUGAUAAACGUAAGAGUUGAAAUUCCCGAGGAAAGAGAACGAGGAAGGCAACUCCUUUCGCAGUUUGGACCGUUCUUAGAAAGAGAUAUAAACCCUAUGCUUCUCAUAACGCGACUGCUAGAUAGCAGCGUUAUCAAGGAAGAAGACGCAGAUAAAAUACAAAAUAUAACUCAAACCAAGUCGAAAGCAGAAGGAAUGAGACUUUUAUUGCAGCGUAUCCAGUGUUACAUGGAACCGCACAAGUGGUGGCAAGAGUUUCUAACAGUGUUAUGGGAAACUCAAUUUGAGCACAUUGCACUGUUAUUAGAACCUGAAUAUUUCCCUACCUCGAAGAAAUUAGGGCCUAUUGAUGCACCCGAAGUCGUCACCGGUCAUGCUGAUAUGCAAGAACACGUUUUGGAAGCACGUGAAUCUGAUGCGGAUUCUAUUGAAUCAAAUGUAUGGGAUUCGGAACAUGGCGGAAGUGACUUCGAUGAAAUCGAUGAAAAGCAAGGACCCCGAAUCGAAAAACUUAGUUCAUACUACGACGAUGAAAAACAUAAACACACUAAUGUUCUUCUUGUGAUGAAAAACACAUCUACGGACGGACAUUGGGCAUUAUUUACAAAGGCGUGUAAUGAUCAAUACAAGUGCAUUGAAGACGCUUUUUCAACGGAUUUAGAGUGUUUUGUAGUCUACGUACAAGAAGGGUUUGAAGACGUGGAAACCUUAUAUAAAAGACAGGCUGCUGGAGCCUUGACCAAAGGAUUAAAUAAACGAUAUAAGCGGAGCUACGAGCCUCGUGAUUAUCAGCUGGAAUUAGCAGAGAAGGCUCUACGCGGCCAGAAUACGAUCAUCUGUGCUGAAACUGGGACAGGAAAGACAUGGGUAGCGUUGUAUGUCAUCGACAAACAUCUGUCACAGGCGUCUAAAAGUCCUAAAAAAGUUGCGUUUAUGGCUAGGACUGGUGUCUUAAUUAAACAACAAUCAAACCGGUUCAAGAAGUAUCUUCCACAUUACAAUACCAAGCUUAUAACGGGAGAUGACGAAGAUUCCAGAAUGGUAGAUGCCUUCAUCCCCAUGAACGACAUUAUAUGUUUCACGCCACAAAUAUUGGUCAACAGUCUUGAUAGUGGUAACAUAAGUAGCCUUUCCAAAUUCUCUCUUCUUGUCUUUGACGAAUGCCAUCACACAAGAGGAGACGAGCCUUACGCAAGACUUGCGAGAAAAUAUUUGGUAGAAAAAGCUUAUGGACAAAAGGAGCUCCCGCAGAUUGUUGGUCUUACUGCCUCCAUAGGCGUUGGUAAGUCCAGGACUGUGGAAGAAGCGGUCGACUACAUUCUACGUGUGUGUGCAUCGCUAGAUGUCAGGCCUCCUCUGUCUACCGUGGAGAGAUGCAGAGAGAGUUUCAAGAAAUGGGUGAACACGCCGGAGGAGGAAACAAUCAAGAUGAUGGUUAAAAAUCCUGACCCUUGCAAGGACAUUUUAUUGGAAGCAAUGGAAGAUGCGGAAAAACUUCUCGAAGAAAUGAUGUAUUUCCAACCUGAAAUGAUCGACAUGCUGUACGACAAGCGCCCUGGUGAAAGAGAUACCCAAGCAUACAACAAAUGGACGGUGGACAUCGAAAAGAGCGCUCAACUGAAUGUAAAUGAUCAUGAGAUAUCACGUGAUAUCAGUGCGUGCGCAGUUUAUUUGAAUGUAUACAACUCUGCAAUCGAAGUGUGUAAUCUUCUUCAAAUCGCCGAAGUAGCCAAGUAUCUCUCUGAGAAGCAUCACCGUGAAUUGGAAGGCAGGAAGAAACAUACUGAAACGGAAAAGAAGCUGUUUGACAAUCUUAUUGAUGUUCAAAGGAAGCUCAAUAAAUUAAAAAACGACAAGGAUGCAGCAAAUCCGAACGUGCAGAUAGUUAGCGAACAGCUACAAAAAAUGAUACUGGAAAAAGGCGACGAUUCACGUGCGAUUGUCUUUGUAAAGGCUAGAGCAACAUGCCGAGCGCUAGCUAAAUAUUUGGAUGAAGAUCUUCAGAAGAUCGGAGUUAAGGCUAGUCGAUUGUAUGGACAACAAACAAAGGGAGCGGAUGAAGGUAUGACCGAAGCUGUCCAGACCGAGACCCUUCAGAAAUUCAGAGACGGUUUUUACAAGGUGAUGGUUUGUACUUCUGUUGGUACAGAAGGUAUUGACGUACCGGACUGCAACAUCGUUAUCAACUACAACUACUCCGGAGACGAAAUCACAAAGAUUCAGAUGAAAGGUCGAAGCAGAAAGAAAGGCGCAACGAUUGUCGUAAUGGGAGAUGAAAAACAAUUAGAACAGGAAAUGAUCAACGCGUAUAAAGCAAACAUGAUGUACAAAGCAAUAAGUGAGUUGAAAAAAAUUAAUGCACGGGCUGUUGAACAUAAAUUGAAGAUGUUUCAAACCGAUGAGAUGCAAAAGCUCAGAUACAAAACGGAGUAUGAAAAGGCAAAGAAAAGUCGAAGAUCGGAAGAUGACCUCGAAAUUCUGUGUAAGCGAUGCAACUUCAUGGCAUGCUUGGUGUCAGAUGUGCGAAAACGUGGAGGCCAGCAUAUUGUGAUAGCAAAAGACUUUCCAUCAAAGAUUACGACAAAACCACACAAAAGCCCAUAGAAAUACGAUGGCAUAGAAAAGAAAGGGAAGAUGUAUUGUAAAAAGUGUCCAUUGGACUGGGGCAUAGUAGCUGAUUGCGAUGGUGUCGACUUGUUUAUUCUGAAACUGAAAUGCUUCAAGCUUAGGAACAUGAGAACGGGUGUCGUUUCGCAACAUAAGAAAUGGCUAGAUGUCCCAUAUGAUGUACCAGAGUUGGGACCAGAAGAUAUACCGAAAUACUUCAGGAAUGAGACGGAAGGAAAUGCAUCUCCCGAGUAAACCGUUCCUUUAUUAAAUGUCCAGUGUGUAACUGUGUUGUGGGCGGACGAAUGGAUUGUCAUCAAUGUUAUAAAUAUUCUAAAAUAAAAACAAAACAUGAAACUGUGUUUGAUGUAAAAAAAGAAAAUGUGGAUAUGUAAAAUAUGUUUUACACAUGUGCAUUUUGCUAUGAUCGAAGUUAAAAAAGUUGUUUGAGUUACGAUGUUCGUAGCGUAUUUUUAAAUUAUGCAUGUGCGAUGUUUUAAAAUAUAAUUCAUUAAAGGUAUCACGUGGCUUAUAAAACCUCGAAUUUAGUAAAAACUAUCGAAGGAAACACUUUCAUAUCGAAUUCAUAAACGAGCAAAAUACUAAAUAGAAUACAGUCAAGUUUCGAUUUGUGUUAUUGUUUUCUUAAAUCUAAAGCAAGUGGCAUCAUAUACCAUAGUUUCAAUCAGAGGAAAUGAACAUUAUUUGUGCAGUUUAAGCAGAAUGGUAUAAGUUAACAAGCAAUGUUUGUUCGUAAAUUUGUCCAUACAGAUAGAUACAUAGUUUUUUUAAGUUAUCUUAUGAAUAUGUUUAUUACAACUAGUGUACAUUUAUUUAACUUAAUAACAUACUGUGAUAAAUUUUUUCGUAUUGUGUAGUUAAUGUACGUCUAUAACCUUUGAAGUGUGUAUACUGUUAUGUGUUUCAAAUUUGAAGAGUCUUUUAAAAGUAUAUUAAUGUGCAUGAAUAUGUUUUCCAAUAUUCGAAGUAUAACUAGUUGUUUGAGUUUUAGUAUUUCGUAGCAUAUUUUUUAAUUAUGUGUGUUCGGCAUUUUCAAAUAUAAUUAAUUUAAGGGAACCUUAUGCUCAUAACACUUACUUUAGUAGUAAAAACUUUCGAAGUUAACAAAUACAAUAUAGAAUUAAUCCACGAGCAAAAAUACGAAAUAAAAUACAUUCACGCUUUGAUUUUUAUUAUCGUUUUAUUAAAUCUAAAGCAAGUCUCAACAUAUAUAUACCCCAUUUUCCAUCUGAAAAAUUGAACAUUAUUUGUAUAGUUUAAACAGAGUAGUAUUCGUUUAAAAGCCAUGUUUGUUCGUAAAUUAUCUAUGCAGUUAUAUAUAAAUAACAUUUAUCAUAUGAACAUUUAUUUGGUGCUGUAGAUUUAAUGUACGUUUAUAUACUUCUUAGUGUGUAUACUGUUAAAUGUUUGCGAUGUGAAGGUUCUUUGAAUAGUUUAUUAAUGUGCAUGAACAUGUUGUGAAUCCCAGCCUACAACUGUUUCUCGUUAAAAUAAACGAAGUAGUGUAUUGCUAUUAUUAAAGACAUUUAAUUUAUUUCGUGAUAAUAAUAACGAGUAUGUAAUUUGUUCGUACAUUAUAAACACUCUGGUGAUGUUUCAAAAGUAAAUUCACAAAAAGUAUAUAAUCACUACGUACUUUAUUUUUCGAGCAUUAAAUCGCAUCUCGCUAAAAAAGUAGGUUUCUGUGAAAUAUUCGGCCAACAUUAACGUUCACUGGACCAUAUUUAUUGAUAUUUAAGGGCUUGGUUUUAAUCGACGCUGAUUAAUCUGUUGAAUGAAAUUUAAUAACUAUAAGAUAUUUGCUAUGUUCUUAUUGUUAUAUAGUGUUGUGAUUGCUUAGAUGCAUGUAUAACUUAAACAUACCAGCGAGUUCGUUACGGUGUUUAUAAUAAAUGGUCGUUUUUUU